AUGCUUGCCAUGACAUCAAAGGCAAAUUAUGAAUGGAUAGUCGAGCAUGUAAAUACAGCUGUGUGUAGGGUUUUCGUGAGUAGAUUCAAGAAACCAACAUUGAAUAACCCAAGAGUUGAGAAAAAAUCACUGGUGAAUAUGUUGAGCUCAGAUACUUCCACAAGAAUAAUCAUUGAAGAUGAACCUUUGGGUUAUAACUUGAAAGAAUUGGAACUUGACGACAUACCUCUCACAAAGAAUAAGCUUUUCAAAAUUUUAACCAAGACUAGAAAAUUAGAAACACUGGUUCUCAAUUUGAAACAAGAAGUUUUCAUUCCAGUGGGAGGAGGUAGAGGAAAGUGGGGAAAGGGAGGAGGUAUUCUAACAUCACUACUUGAUGAUUCGAUCGAUGAAAAAGAGGAAGCUUUUGAUGACAAUUUUAUCUACUUUAGGUCAAUUAGAAUUGGCCUUGGAAAAUUCUUGGAAAAACAAUCAAACAUUGAAGAAAUAGAUGUACAACCUGUUUCAUUUAUCUCUGGUGCGAUAUUGAAAAGACUGGGAGACUUUCCAAAAUUGAAAAGUUUCACAGCUCGAAGAAUGUGGUAUGAAGGGGAAUAUUCAAGACAAGAAGAAGAUAUCUAUUUUGGAGGAAAACCAAAUCCUAACUUGGAAUUUGUUGAUAUUGGUCCAUCAUAUGAAUUCACUGAUGAACAAUUUGAAAAAUUAAUUAAUUCUUUACAAACUCUUGCCCCAAAUCUUAAAGAUUGGGGAGAUCUUGGAGAAAAAAAUACCGAUCCCCCAAGGAAUAUUGUCAAACACUUUGUCAACUCUGUGGAAGCCAUUGAUGUCAAUUCAAAUAAUAUUGCAACAUUACCGUCAUGUAAAAAUUUAAAGACUGUAUUCUGGAUGUCAGAAAUAGAGAUACCAGACAAUCUUAAUUCCAAUCCAAAUGUGUCAGAAUUGAUCAUACUUCAAGAUGGAAAGGAAACCUAUUCAAAAAUGUCACUACUUUUUCCCAAUGUGAAUAUCUUGAAUGCUUCUGGUUGUGACUCUAUUGAGUAUUUGAUUGAAAAUAUCACUAGUUGGCCACAACUU